UGGGCCAGUGAGUGUUGUUGGACAUGACAUCAUCUUUAUUUUCAGUGCGCGAGCUGAGCCGUGCCUCCAGGAAAGAAAGAAGUAGAAGAAGAAGAAGAAAGAAGAAAAAACAAAAACAACAACAACAAAAAAACAACCCACCAGGAAAGUUUGUCUCCACGUCGGAAGUGUGAGAGGAUGUUUCAGGAUCUUGCUCGAGACGGAGGAAAACUUUCCCUGAAAAGUUGCUGCGGUUGUUGUUUUUAAUGAGCGGAUGCCAGAGUGAUCGGCUGGAACUUUUUUAAGCUCUAGAUGGUGUGUUAAACCAGCACCACCACCACCAUCAUCCUCACCAUCACCACCACCACCAUCACGGCGAGGCUGGAGGAGGGAACGGAUACGAAGCCCUGACGCGCAACAUGACCCUGAACCUCGCCGACGCUCACGACGCGCUCACGCUCACGUCCCCCGACCUCAAUUUACUCAAACUCACCUCCCCGGAGUUGGAGCGACUCAUCAUCCAGUCCUGCAACGGCUCAGCUCCGACGACUCCGGCUUCCGGUCCGGCGCGCGCUUUCCCCGCUCCAAAACCCGCCGCGGACGAGCACGAUGCCUUCGCCGCCCUGGCUGAGUUUCAGUGCCAGCAGAGGAUGUCCGGUAACCCCGACGACGUCGGACCUGUGGCUCCGGGAUCGUCUCACGCCUGCGCCGGGUUUGCGGAGCAUCUGAACCACACGUGGGACGCGUACACCGACGCGCCGCCGCCGUGCGUUCCUGCGCAGUUCGGCGCGUACAAGGACGAGCCGCAGAAAGUCCCCGAGACGCCGCCGCUGUCUCCCAUCGACAUGGAGGACCAGGAGAGGAUCAAAGCCGAGAGGAAGCGCAUGAGAAACCGCGUGGCCGCCUCUAAGUGCCGGAAGCGGAAGCUGGAGCGGCUCGCGCGGCUGGAGGAGCGAGUGAGCCGGUUAUCGGGGGAGAACGGAGAGCUGCGCGGCGCCGCCGAAACGCUCAGAGACCAAGUCGCGCAACUCAGACACCAGCUCCUGGAUCACAUCAAGAGCGGCUGCAAACUCCUCAGCCAGCAGCUGCAGACUGUUAAAGAGUUUUAAAGGUGCGGUCCGUCUUUUUUUUUUUUUUUUUUUUUUUAAACUGCGCUUCAACACUUAUAAUGAUGUCAGACAUAGCCUAUAUUAGAAAGACUGCGAUUCAAAAUGCUAUUUUUUCCCCUCUUUUGUUUCAGGCCUUUUUUUUUUUUACAUUUCUUUCUGGCCCAGAAAUUAGCUCCACCCAACAGCUGGAUCAGAGCUACUUUUUUUUUUUUCCUCCCUAAAACGCACCUUACUCUGCACAUGUACUGUAGUUUCUCCACAGCGUGUUGGGUCAGACGUCAUUUUCGCUCGGACAUCAGGUGUGUCUAAAACGACAUACGGCCCCUUUAAUCGGACUGCACUGUAAACCUUGUCUUCCAACGUCUAAAGGAAGUCGUUUGUGCUAGACGGCUUCGUGGACCUUUUCACGGGUGGCACGGGGUCCGGGGUCGGAUCCUGAACUCGGGGUUCCUCGCAAACCGGGGUGCAUUCCCACCUCAGGCCUGGUGUUCCCAGAAUAACCUCCAGCUCCACCUCCACCUGACCUCUAUAAAGCACUUACUGAAUAGAAAUGAAUGAAUUGCAUAUUAACACGUGAUGUCAACUUUCCCCCCAUUUAUCUUUUUACUAAUAUACAGAUUUGCACUGUU